AUGGAAAUGCCCAUCGCUGCUUCCCUCUCUGCUCCAAAGGCUUCGGGCGCUUCUCACCUCCCGGCCAGAGAAGUCCUUCUGGAUCGUGCCCUGGGAGCCAUCCUAGGCGGCGUGCUGGGCGAUGCUCUGGGACAAGACGACGGCGGGCGAUGGGGUGCCAACACGUCAAUGGCUAUCUCAUUGCUUCAGAGCAUGGUAGAGGGCUCAGAUUUGUCCACCGAGGACGAGCGACGGAAGCUGGUGAGCAGGUGGAUCGGAUGGUACCGACGAGGAGGGCAGGGUGUCGACGCAAGCACGCUAGCGGUCUUCAACGGGCUCGCCCGACUUGCCAGUGGGAGGAUACCAAGCUCCAGCCUGCGAGAUCUGAGCGGGAAGCCAUGGUUCGGUGCCAUGCCGGGGAUGAGCGAGUUCAUCGGCCCCAGCGGGAGCAGCGGCCCCGUCGCCCGUGUAGCGCCGCUCGUGCUAGCUUACCUCGAACCUGGAGCUGAACCGGCGCUCGUAGAGGCAGUCACCGAGCUCACUGGGUUGGCUCAUGCAAGAUCUGUCGGGAAGGCAGCUUCGCUCUGGGCACUGGCCGUGCGACACGCCAUAAUCACUGGUGAAGCGGACACUGCUGCGGUCCGAGCACAGCUUGAGUAUCUCCCCGAAGAUGGCCAGCACGCGUGGGAGGAAUACAUCGACGAAACCGAGCAACAUCUUCGCGACCGGUCCAUCCCUCUUCGAUCCGACAUUGGCAGAGCGCACGUCGCUGUGCAACACGCUCUUGUCUCGCUGUCUCGCGGAUUCGACGUUCAGUCCACGUUGCAGGCGGCCGCAAACUGGCAACCACCUUCCCAUGCGCACAAUCCCGCAGCGACUGCUCGAACCCAUCCUGCCGCCAUUGCACUCCGGAGCGACAAGGCGAGCGUCGCAGCCAUAGCUGGCCAGCUGGCUGGUGCCAAAUAUGGAGCAAGCAGUAUCCCGACGGAGCAGAUUGCGGAGCUCCACGGCUUUCCGAACGACAUGAGGGCGGAUGACCUUAAGCGGCUGGUCGAUGAUGUACUCGAGCGGUACGACCGGUGGUACCAGUAG